CGAAGAAAAUCGAUUUCGGAAGGAUAUAAGAAAAAAUAAAAAAACAAAGAAGAACAAAGGGUUUCUGAAUUUUCAUAUUUUGAUCUAAAUCUGAGGAAAAAUCACUUUAAUUUGAAUUAAAAUUUGAGUUUCUCACACAAAAGGAAGGACAUAGAUGGAAUCUGAGGAUUUGGUGAAACAAGAAUUGGAGGAGUUGCAGAAACAAUUGGGGAAGAAGCAAAAGUUUGAAAGCGCAGUUUCGUCCCUCAAAUCCCUUCUCCAACGCACAUAUCCAUCAGCUUCUCCAUCUCUUCGUAAAUCUUUUUAUUCGGUUAUAUGCCGAGUUGCUACUGUGUUGAAGACCAGGUAUACUGCACCAGGUUUCUGGAAUGCUGGUCUGGGCCUUUUUGAGCAGGCUUAUUUGCUUGUUUCUGAAUCUUCUGAGAAGGCGCACUUGAAGGCUUGCAUUGCUCAGGCCAGGGAACAUUUGCAUCUAGAGGAAAAUCCAUUACAAGCUUCACAACCUGCUGAUAAUCAUGCAAACAGAGGUUAUCUUUUUGAGGGGCACCUCACAGUAGAUCGAGAACCACCACAACCUCAAUGGUUGGUGCAGUCAAACCUCUUGACAACAGCUGCUACUCUCUUUGCAGCUGAAUCCUCUCAAGCUGCAGCAGCAAAUGAUACCACACCAGAGGAUGCCUCAAAUGUGCUUCAAGAGCUUAUAAAUAGAUUGGAAGAAGUUGUGCCCUUGAUGGUAGAUGAAGGUCAUGUAGCUCCAAGAGCUCCUCCUGCUAGUAAAGAAGUUGUGGCAAAACUUCCAGUCAUUAUUCUCACAGAGGAAAUCCUGGCUAAUUUGGGAAAAGAUGCAGAGUGUGCAAUUUGCAGAGAGAAUUUAGUUUUAAAUGAUAAAAUGCACGAGUUGCCAUGCAAGCACACAUUCCACCCACCAUGUCUAAAGCCAUGGCUGGAUGAGCACAAUUCUUGUCCAAUCUGUCGCUAUGAGCUGCAAACUGAUGAUCAUGCCUAUGAGAGCUGGAAGGAGCGCGAAAAGGAAGCCGAAGAAGAGAGGAAAGGUGCUGAAAAUGCUAUUCGAGGUGGUGAAUACAUGUAUGUUUAGAUUACCAUUAAAGUAUGGUUAAUAAUAUUGUUGUUCUUGUAAUAUUGGAUUUGUUAAUUUUCAUUUGGUGAAUAGUGUAUUCUUUAUUAUUGAAGCUGAAGAGCUAAUUCCCCUCAACUUUUUAGGGAUGUUCAAGUGUU